CUCUGGCGGUGCUGAGCGGCGGGCCUGGACCUCCACACGCAACGCCAAGCUUUGGCUUUGGUCCCCGGAAUGUGCUGGACAGCGCCUGCGGGGUGGCAGAGCUCUGAAAAUCAUUCUACCCCACCCCUCUCCAGAUCUAUACAGGCCUUUCUUGGCCUUUUGAUGUUCCCCAACCUCAUCACCAUCGCCGAGCCGCCUUCUUUCCUGGACAUUGGAGCAGGAGGGGUACAGCUGUUUUGGGAUGCUGCAGUGUCUCCCAGAGUAGAGGGAAGGCUGCCUUUACUGCGUGGAAUGUGCAUGGGAGGAAUUCCAGAAACUUUCUUUUCACUGAAGUCACCAUCUCUGGACCCAAAGGUAGAGGAAUAAGCAUGGUUUGGUUGUGGGUGACGUGGGGUUGAGCCCUGAAAAUUGUGGAGACUCUCCAUGGCCUCAGCCUCCAAAGACAACUCACAGGAAAAAUAGGGAAUGGGUGGUGGUGAUGUCCACAGUCAGCAGAUUUCUACCAGGUGUGAGACAGGGCACAGGAUUCAACUGUGUCCUGGGCAAAUCACUGACCUUCUCUGGCCUUCCCAGGACAUCAGGCCUGCACAUCCACACUAAUAGGGACGACUGCGAGACCUACUCCGGGAAGCCGAAGGAUCGAGUGUAUCUACUUUCUACUUAUCAGGACUGGAGCAAUGAGCAGGAUCAGUCCAUUGCUUUUGACUGCCGCUGCUCCGUGACCUGCUUCCGGAAGCACAAAGAGCAGUGCAAUCCCGAAACUCGUCCUGCUGAGAAAAAAAUAAGGUCCGCUGUUACGGCAAAAACUGUAAAGCCCACAGAAAACAAAGAUGACGACGACUCUGUAGCUGACUUUCUCAAUAGUGAUGAGGAAGAGGACAGAGUGUCUUUGCAGAAUUUAAAGAAUUUAGGCGAGUCUGCAGCACUGAGAAGCCUUCUGCUCAACCCGCACCUUCGACAGCUGAUGGUCAGCCUCGAUCAGGGUGACAAUAAGGCGAAGCUCAUGCGAGCCUGCAUGCAGGAGCCCUUGUUUGUGGAGUUCGCGGACUGCUGUUUACGGAUCGUGGAGCCAUCCCGGGAGGAGGAUUCGUGAGCUGAACUCCCGAGCUGCUUGCUGGCACGUGCAUUCACCCUGCCUGCUACCCCCAGAAGAGCUAGCGUGGGGCCCUCGGCCAGGGUGCUGACUUCCAGGCCCGCUGCACAAGCUCUUUGUCUUCGGCACUGUGGGCGUGGGUUCCAGACAAGAGGAGGAUACUCAAGGUGACAAACCCUUGAUGGAGGGAGAACUGGACAUUCAGAUGGUGGUGUUUAGAUAUUUUAAUUUUGGUACAGUUGAGACAUCACAUGAUUGGUCAAGUUUCAUACCCAUUUGAGUUAAAACUUGCUCACUGUUGCUAAAUAAAAUCAGGACAUGGUAAUUCUGUGGUAAA